AUGGCAGCACGUCAUCCACGCUCUCUCUCCCUCCCUCUCUCUCUCUCUCUCUCUCUCUCCUCCGUGCCAUAUCCUCUCCUUUCAUUGUUGUCUUCUCUUGCAGGUAAGCCAGUGAUGAUCAUCACUGAAUAUAUGGAGAAUGGAUCACUGGAUAUGUUCCUGAGGAAGAAUGACGGGCGUUUCACGGUGAUCCAGCUGGUGGGCAUGCUCCGUGGCGUGGCGUCGGGUAUGCGUUACCUUGGCGACAUGAGCUACGUGCACCGGGACCUGGCCGCCAGGAACAUCCUGCUCAACGGGAACCUCGUCUGCAAGGUGGCCGACUUCGGCAUGUCACGCGUGCUGGAGGACGAGCCGGAGGCAGCCUACACCACCAGGGGAGGAAAGAUCCCUAUUCGCUGGACGGCCCCUGAGGCCAUCGCCUACAGGAAGUUCACCUCAGCCAGCGACGUGUGGAGCUACGGUGUUGUCAUGUGGGAAGUGAUGUCGUACGGAGAGAGACCCUACUGGGACAUGAGUAACCAGGAUGUGAUAAAGGCGGUGGAGGAGGGGUACCGGCUGCCCCCGCCCAUGGAGUGCCCGCAGGCUCUGCACCAGCUGAUGCUGGAGUGCUGGCUGAGGGAGCGCGGGCAGAGGCCCAAGUUCAGCCAGAUCGUCCACAUGCUGGACAAGCUCAUACGCCACCCCGCCACUCUCAAGAGGACCGGAGGCACCUACAGCAGGCCACGCCCUGCUCUGAUAGGCCCCACCCACGUCGAAGACCCCUCCCCCUCACUAGGGAAUGGCUCCAAUCUAUAGGCAUGGAGAAGUACCAGGAGAACUUCAGCAAAGCUGGCUACACACACACACACAGCAUCUCACACAUCAACCCAGAGGACCUGAAGAGAAUAGGCAUCUCCUCCAAGUCACACAGGAAGAAGAUCCUGAGAGGUGUCCAAGAAACACUGUCCCAAACACAACACACACGGGAAGAAAUGUUCCCGUCUGAUUCAUAG